AUGCAACACGGAGGACACCAACCCGUCACACUGGAACAGGUGGAAACUUUCACAGACCUGGUCAGCAUCAUCGGUGAACAAGGAGGAUCGGAUGCAGACGUAAAGAAAAGGACUGUCAAAGUAAGAGUAGCAUUCCUACAGUUGAAGAACAUAUGGAACUCAAAACCAUUGUUUGCAAGUCAACAUAAAAGUGCGAAUCUUCAAUACGGACGUCAAGACAGUCCUACUGUGCGUAG